AUGCCGCCGCGGACUUCUGGUCCGCAUGGGCCCGGCUCUCCAGACUCUUCCAUAUACUCACCUUCACCUACGCCUUCGACAAAUCUGAUUCCCCUUAAGGCGAUUCCCAAGGGCCAGGCGGAACCAACACAGCAACAGCGCCCACUCAAGUCAAGAAAAAAGCUUAUCAUCCUCGCCGUCAGUAUUAUGACCGUGUUGUUAACGACAUUAGUUGUGUCGCUUGCGCUGGUACUGCGUCACAGAGGCUCAAGCGCACAUCAUAUGCCCAAUGGCCCUCUCGUGGAGCUUGGCUAUGCAAAGUACUUGGGCACUCCAGGAGGUUACAAUGUCACAAGUUGGCUAGGAAUCCGGUAUGCUGCGCCGCCCGUGGGUGACCUGCGAUUUGCCGCUCCUCAAGAUCCAAAAAAGGAGGGUGGAAUCCAACGCGCGAAUUCUCGCGGACCACAUUGCAUUUCUACCAACAGUAAAAGCGUGACAAGGAUAUCGGAGGAUUGCCUACGUCUGAACGUUUUUGCGCCUUCGAAUGCCGGCCCUAACUCGAAACUCCCUGUCUUUUUCUUCAUCCUGGGAGGCGGAUUCAAUAUCAACAGCGACCCCUUCCUUAACGGAACCGGAUUAAUUGCCGCGUCUGGGCAUAACAUGAUCGUGGUCACUUUCACCUACCGAGUAUCCCUGUAUGGAUUCUUGCCCGGCAAGGAGAUAGAAGAGAGCGCCAGCCUAAAUAACGGUUUGAAAGACCAAAUAAAAGCGUUGCAGUGGGUUAAGAAGUACAUCUCGAAGUUUGGCGGCAACCCUGAUCAUGUCGUUAUAGGGGGCCAUAGUGCGGGUGCGGCUUCGGUGGCGCACCUCCUCACUGCCCAUGGAGGACGAAAUGAUAAUCUCUUCCACGGAGCCAUCGCCGGAUCGCCAUCAUUUGGUACAACACUUGCCAAUAACCAAUCUCAAUAUCUGUAUGACAGCUUAGUUAAAAGAACCGGAUGUGAUACCCAGAAAGACUCACUGGCCUGUCUACGCAAGCUUGAUGUAAACAAGCUACAGGAAUUUAAUUUGGGCGUCCCACUACCGGAUUCCAGUGGCCCUCCUCUCUUUGCAUACAGCCCCGUCAUUGACGGCGAUUUGAUUGAAGACUCCUUCUACAACCUCUUCAACCAAGGCAAAUAUAUUGACGUUCCAACUGUCAUGGGAAGUGACUCGAACGAAGGAACUAUUUUUGCUCCUCAUAAUACAUCGACGCUGGAAGAAUCUGACCGUUGGCUCGCGCGGCAAUUCCCUGCCCUAAAGACAAAUCAUUUCGAGAAACUCCAUGAACUUUACCCAAAACCACAAGUUCAGUAUCAAGGAGCGGGCAUGUACUGGAGCCAGUUAAGCCAGCUUUACGGUGAAAUGCGCUACGUCUGCCCUGCAAUGGCGAUAUGCCGAACGAUGAGCGAUUCGCUAGAAAUAAACAAAUGGAGUUACGAGUAUCACGCGCAAGACCAUCGCUUUACGAAAAAUGGCUACGGAGCAACUCAUACCGUUGAAUUAAAUGCUAUCUUUGGCCCUGCAUUCCUUGGUCGGAAACCAGCGCCAUCAUACAAUACCCCGGAGAACGGCCUGAUAGUCCCCAUUGUUCAGGGAUAUUGGACAAGUUUUAUCAGAACAUUGGAUCCCAAUAAGCACCGAGUGGCAGGCAGUCCUGAAUGGAAACCAAGCGUCCAAGGCCAGGAUUUGUCAAAGCCGCUGCACAGAUUGUUCUUUGAAACAAAUGGUACAAAGAUGAUAAGUGAAGAUGAGGGGCUAAAAAAGAGAUGCGAUUAUUUGACCAGCAUUGGACCAGCCCUCAAGCAAUGA